UUUCCAAAAACUAGUUCGAUAUUAUUUAUCAAUUGUUUAAAUAACAUUUUUGUUACUAAGUACAUUUUGAAUCUUGCUUUGUACGCAAGAGGAGUGUUUGCAACUUUUGAGUAGGACAAAUACAAUUAAAAAAAUGCGUUUAAAAUUUUUGGUACAUAUUGCACUUCAAUUUGUAUUAGGAAAUAUUGUGACGGCACAUGUGCAUUUACACUGGUAUCCAACCCAUCCAGCAUUUGACCCUGCAAUAUAUGAAGAAGCUUUGGAUCCAGAAUUAUGUCGUGAACAACUUCGAUUCAUAACAAAUAAUAAUGCGGUAUUAAGAUUAAAAUUUUUGGAGGCUGGUAUGAGACUUCCGAAAGGCUUAACAGAAUUUAACAAUAUUGACAUGGGUUACUACGAUCAAUGUAUCGAUAUACAUGAACCAAUAGAUGAUUCUGUCAUAGAAGGAAAAUUCUGCAUGAUCGAAGGUCCCGUUAGUAGAGAUGUAGCAGAUUAUAUGAAUUGGUCAGAUUUUGACCCUACAUUUUAUAAUAAUGAAACUUUGGAACGAUUGAAUGAGAUUGAAGGAUUGAAAUCAAAACUUGCAGCAAUCGCCAUUGGAGCUGAUGUGUCAAGAACACUUCCAAUAUUGCCAGCAUUAAAUCUUCCAACAUUCAGAAUGGCUCUAUGCGUGCCAAAAACUUGCACUACACAAGAAGGGUUGUCAGGUCUCCUCUUCAACCUCACAAUGUUAGGGUUUCGCUAUAGGGAAGAGUUUUGCCGAUUCAAAGGUGAUAAGCCGUGGGCGCCAGCAGAUUAUGUAGCAAUAGCUAUAUUUUCUUUUAUCGGUCUUUUGACGAUCCUAAGUACGGGUUAUGAUCUACAUCACACAUUUUUCCUUAAAAAAGAUCCACAGGAAACCAGUCCAUUGUUGAAGUCAUUCUCCGUAUACACAAAUGGGAAACGUUUGACGUCUUUUAGUUAUAAUCCUAACAACCUUAACAGUGUUGAUGGCAUCAGAGCUAUAUCCAUGUUCUGGAUCGUUGUUGGUCACACUUAUCUCCUGUUGCCGCAUACUAUAAACGUUCGUUAUGUAUAUUUUGAGUGGAUACUUAGUUUAAAUUCGUUGUGGAUUACUGCUGCACCGUAUACUGUGGACACAUUCUUCUUUCUCAGUGGACUUCUAGUGGUUUAUACGACUGCUGGAAAACUCAGUGGUUCAAAACUUAUAAGGAACAUCCAUCUUUUCUACCUCAACCGACUUCUGCGCAUGUUUCCAUUGCUAGCAGCAAUAGUGUUGCUGCAAGCGUCACUGUUCCACCAUAUAGCUGACGGACCUUUCUGGCAGUGGAACGCGUGGAACACAAACAACUGUCGGACCUACUGGUGGUCUACGUUACUAUAUGUACAGAACUUUCUGAACCCCGCUGAUCAGUGCAUCAACCACACCUGGUACUUAGCUAUCGACAUGCACUGCUACCUCGUUUGUCCAUUGUUCCUAUAUUGGGUGCUGAAUGGCAAUAAGAAACACGCCUGGAUCUCCCUCGCAGCUGGUCUACUUAUUGCUUUAACUAUUGGCACUACGUAUAGCUUCAUCCAUCAGUUCCAAGGAUGGAGUAUCGCUCCUGUACGUGAAGGUGGUAGUGAUGAGUUUCAGCACCUUUAUUACUUCAACACAUUGACUAGAGCCUCACCAUUUUUCGUCGGGAUGAUCUUUGGCUAUCUCAUGAACAUAUGGAAGGGUAGAAAACCUAAUAUUCCUCGUUACGUAACAGCACUUCUGUGGAUCUGCUCGGGUAUUCUUGUCUUUGGACUUAUUUACGUGACGCACCUAAUGAAACUCGAGGGCUGGGACUAUUGGAUCGUAGAUGACCUGGUGAAUUCCUUUGCAAGGUCGGCAUGGGCUGCAGUGGUUGGAUGGGUCAUAUUCGCUUGCCAACACGGUUUAUCAGGUCCCAUCAACUGGUUCCUCUGUCUGGACUUUUGGAAGAUGCCAUCUCGUAUUUCCUACGCCAUGUAUUUGUAUCACUUCCACCUUCAGUUCAUCCUUACUGGAACUGCUCGAGCACCCAUAUUCUUUAGCGAUGGUGUUGCGAUAUACCAUUUCUUCAGUCAAGUGUUGAUGACAUAUGGUAUUUCAUUUUUUUUGACGCUGAUUCUUGACUCGCCAUUCUCUAUUCUAUUCAAGGUGCUCUUAGGAAGUGGAGCAAAAAAGCCAAAAAAAGAAAUCCCGGAUAAGGAGUGAUAGAUACCUGCAGUAGAACUUUAAACUGAAUUUAGAUUAACUUAUUUAUUUUGUAUUAAAAUGUGAGGAGGUAGGUAAGUAUGUUUGAUUGUCACAAAUCAUUUUUCUAUUUUUUGAAAAAAAUAAAAUAAAUAAGUGACGUUAAUUUUAUAACAUGCGCCUGGUAUAAUGAAAUAGCUACAUUCCGCAAUAAUAUUUGCUCUACUCAUUUUGUAAGGUGAAAAUCUAAAUACUUUUUUUAUCUUUAUGACGUGGCCUUGGAAAAAGCAAUCUUAUCAUGAUAAUAAUAUGGAAAGUGCUUAGCCUAUAGUAAGGUAUUUGUGUAAGGUUAGGUUGUUGUUUUAA